UGUCAGAUGUCAAAAUACGCGCCAAAACAAGUUUGAGUUUGUAUUUUGUAGUUAAACUGUUUUAAUUUUAUUGUUAUAACAACGUUAACAUUUUUAAUAUUACCCAUUUCAUUUAAAAACCCACUAUGGAAGGCUUUGAUGAUCCUGGAGUCUUUUUUUCUGAUAACUUCGGUGCCGAGGAAAAUGAAUCACAAGAUCAAAUUAACUUACAAGCCGUAAAGAAAAAGUUUAAAGAAUUUAUUCGACAAUAUCAUACUGGAAAUUUUAAUUACAAAUACAGAGAUGCUCUCAAACGUAAUUAUAACCUAAACCAAUACUGGGUUGAGAUUAACAUAGAAGAUUUGUCAAGUUUUGAUGAUGUUUUAGCAGAAAAGUUAUAUAAGAAACCAACCGAACAUUUGCCAGUUUUGGAAGAAGCAGCUAAGGAGUUAGCAGAUGAGCUGACAGCGCCUCGCCCUGAAGGUGAGGAGAAAGUAGAAGACAUACAAGUGUUACUAUCCUCCGAUGCACAUCCAUCUAAUUUAAGAGAACUUAAGUCUGAAACAGUGUCACGUCUAGUAAAGAUACCAGGUAUUGUGAUAUCAACGUCAGCUAUAAAAGCAAAGGCAACAAAAAUAUCAAUACAAUGUCGCUCCUGUCGCAAUAUUAUACCCAACUUGCCUGUGAAACCUGGACUUGAAGGAUAUGUUAUGCCUAGGAAAUGUAAUACAGAACAAGCUGGUCGACCAAAAUGUCCCUUAGAUCCAUAUUUCAUUAUACCAGAUAAAUGUAAAUGCAUUGACUAUCAGGUGUUGAAGCUGCAAGAGAGUCCGGAAAGCAUCCCUCAGGGUGAGAUGCCCCGUCACCUGACAGUUUACUGCGAGCGCACACUGUGUGAGCGUGUGUCACCUGGAGCAAGGCUGACCGUGCUGGGCAUAUACUCUAUCAAGAAGAUCGCUAAAAUAGGAAAAGAGAACCGUGACAAGGGUUCAGUGGGGGUAAGGUCGUCGUACCUGCGCGCGGUAGGGCUGACGGCGGAGGAGGGCGUCACGGGAGGGCUGCGACCUUUCACAGCUGAAGAGGAGGAACAGUUCCGUCGUCUGGCCGCGGCUCCAGACAUAUACGAGAGGAUCGCCAAGUCCAUCGCUCCCAGUGUCUUUGGCGCUGUCGAUAUGAAGAAAGCUAUCGCCUGUUUGUUAUUCGGAGGGUCCCGUAAAAGAUUGCCAGAUGGUCUAACUCGGCGUGGGGACAUCAACAUCCUGUUACUGGGUGACCCCGGCACGGCCAAGUCCCAGCUGCUGAAGUUUGUGGAGAAAGCUGCCCCAGUGGGGGUGUAUACUUCGGGCAAGGGCUCCAGUGCAGCAGGACUUACUGCAUCCGUUAUCAGGGACCCUGGCAGUCGAAACUUCGUAAUGGAGGGUGGUGCGAUGGUGCUGGCGGACGGCGGCGUGGUGUGCAUCGACGAGUUCGACAAGAUGCGUGAGGACGACCGCGUCGCCAUACACGAGGCCAUGGAGCAGCAGACUAUAUCCAUUGCAAAGGCAGGUAUAACGACGACUCUAAACUCGCGGUGCUCAGUGCUGGCGGCCGCUAACUCCGUGUUCGGUCGCUGGGACGACACUAAGGCGGAUGAUAAUAUCGACUUCAUGCCAACUAUACUGUCCCGAUUCGACAUGAUAUUCAUUGUUAAAGAUGAACACGACCAGAAUAGAGAUAUUACUCUAGCCAAGCACAUAAUGUCAGUGCACAUGGGGGGCGACAGCGCGGAGCGCGAGAUGGGCAGCGGGGAGCUGCCGCUGGGCGUGGUGCGGCGCUACGGCGCGUACUGCCGCGCGCGCUGCGGCCCGCGCCUCUCCGCGCCCGCCGCCGAGCGCCUGCGCGCGCGCUACGUCCUCAUGCGCGCCGGCGCCUCGCAACACGAACGACACGCAGAUAAACGACUCUCUAUACCUAUCACUGUCAGACAACUGGAGGCUAUAGUACGCAUCUCAGAGUCGUUGGCGAAGAUGCAGCUGGCGGCGUUCGCGACGGAGGCGCACGUGGCGGAGGCGCUGCGCCUCUUCCAGGUCUCCACGCUGGACGCCGCCAUGACCGGCAGCCUCGCGGGUGCUGAAGGUUUCACUACAGAAGAGGACCACGAGAUGCUGUCGCGUAUAGAGAAGCAGUUGAAACGUAGAUUCGCCGUGGGCUCGCAGGUGUCGGAGCAGACCAUCAUACAGGACUUCAUCAGACAGAAGUAUCCGGAGCGCGCCAUACUCAAGGUGGUGCACACGAUGAUAAGACGCGGCGAACUACAGCACAGAUUGCAAAGGAAAAUGUUGUACAGACUGUCAUAAAAUUUAUAUUUUAUGCGUUAUUGAUUUAAUUUGAACUGAAAUAAAACCCUAUUUUCUUU